AGGCUCAUAGAGAAAAGGGUUGGGAUUUUACAAUAAAAGCAUGAAGCACAUGUCGAGGCCAAGUGAAAAAAGAGCCCUGGACAUAUCAGUUUUGCAAGUCUCCUGCUUUAGAGUCAUAGUGGGAGAAAACAAGUUAAAAGAUCGUGAGCUCUCCUUCUAACAUGAUGCCUAUCGCUGAAGGCAUGUCCCAUAUCAUACCCAAUCACGUUCUGAGAGUGGGUCAAACUAUACGUCUGGACCCGCAGCAGGAGACAAUCACUCAAUGUUCACGGUCAAGUGAGCCCAGCAGUUGCCUUGGUGACGUGGAUCUGGACAUUUCCCUGGAUAACCUCAACCAGCUGAUGCUGGAAAUGGAUCCAACCUUUGAACCAAUUCAGGUCAACAAUAACCAUCCGUGCAUCAGUCCAACUGCAGAAGGAUGCUGCUCCUCGCCCACGGUGUCCCCCGGUAUCCCGAUCCCCAGAACCACCACCGUCAGCUUCAGUCCCCCAGGCACGCUGGUGUUUUCUGACUCCCCCUCCCGACCUCCUCUGCCAUGUGGGAGUGCACCGAGAAGAAAUCCCUCAAUGAGGCAUGACAUAACCUAUUCCCAAGCAUCCCAACGCUUAUCCUACCCAAAUAGGAACAGCGCUGCCUCGCUACUCUCUACAUCAACAUGUUCAGAUACCAGCUACAUCCUUGGCAGCACCUUAUCUUUGGCCAGCGAAGAUGCAGACGGUCUCGGGUCAAUCCUCUCUCCCACAUCUGGAGCCUACUGUGAUGGGUGCAGGGCGAGGUACUAUAUUCCUCAAGAUGGGUCACAUAAACAAGGACAGGAGAUGCCAACCAACUGCUCAAUUAGCAGCCCUGAGCAGUCACUCUCUGGUUCUUUUACUGAUAUUCCUAUGUUGCUGAUUAAUGGCGUACCACACCAGGACAACCAGGAAUCUCCUUCUGCAGAAGACAAAGUCACACUGAAGCCAUUUACUUAUCACGGUUCUGAAGCCGAUUUAAGUGGGAGUCAGUCAUCAAUGAAAUUUGUUAUGGACUCUUCAAAAUUUUGGUUCCGUCCACAUAUAAGCAGAGCAGAAGCUGAGGCCUUUGUGAAGGACAAGGAACCAGGAAGAUUUGUGGUGAGAGACAGCACGACAUACAGAGGAUGUUUCGGUCUUGCGAUGAAGGUUGACCAAACAGUAACCAGUGCAAGUGAAGGUAUCGGAGGAGAGAGCAGCUCCCAGCUUGUCAAACACUUCCUUAUCGAAUCAACAGCAAAGGGCGUGCGCCUUAAAGGCUCUCCUCAGGAACCUUACUUUGGAAGCCUUUCUGCUCUGGUGUUCCAACACACUAUUUCCACUUUUGCGUUACCCUGCAAAUUACUGCUCCACUCCCAGGGAUUUGGUGGUGAAGAAGAGAGAAUAGACAAAUCAUCAUCAGAGGAAAAGAAGGGAACAGCCUGCAAUUUCAUCUACCUGAAUGCUGUCCCCACUGAGAUGUUGACGGGACCUUGUGCUGUACAGAGGGCGGUCUCCUUCACAUUCCAACUACCAUCAGGUUCUUUUGAACCUGCCAUUGUCAACCUGAAAGUGUCUUUGAAGGGCAUCACACUGACAGACAUCAACAGGAAGCAGUUUUUCAGACGUCAUUACCCUGCUCACCUGCUUAGCUACGGUGGAAAUGAUCCCGAGGAUCGAAGGUGGAUAAAAGGUUCAAAGUUUGGUGCAAGGAUGUUUGGCUUUGUGGCAAAAGGAGUGGAAGCUGGCAUGGGGAACAUCUGCCACGUCUUUGCUGAAUAUGACCCUCUGCAGCCCUGCAGCACAGCUGUCGGUGUUAUUAAGGCUGUCAUAGCCAAGUCAUACGAGCACUAAUACUGAAAUAACAUCCAACAUUAGAUACUUUGCACAAACUGUCUCUCGACUUUAUUUUUUCAAGUAAUAAAUGCUUAGUGUUAAAGCGACAUCAGGUGACAAUAUCACCUGAAAGUAACAGCUUUAGAUGAUACGCCGGCUUGUAAUAGGCAGACUAACCUCUGUGUCAUUGCCAUGGCAACCCUGGAUAGCCUACUCAAGGUGUCUGCAAUAUUUCUGGAGCAAUCAAAACACCUCUUGCGUUUUGUUAUUGCUAGUGUUUGGGUUUGCGUGACUAAAUGGUACAAGGCUUGUACACACACGCUAAAAUAAUCGGACCUGUUAUGACAUCAACAAGUUCUCGGAUUGUUUAGCACUUAGAUUCAAUGGCUUGGCUCCUUUGGCUCCUAACAUAUCUUUGUCAGAAACAAAUUCUCUCUGUCGAGUUCAACUAUGUUAUUUACCACAGUGGUUUACAAAAUAUUUCACUUUGCCACUGUAGAAGGGACCGUUGGGCAGAAAAUAAAACAGGCUGCGGUACUUUAAAAACCCUGAUUGGUUAGUUAUAUAACAUACAAAAGAAAUCAAACGUCAAAUUUAGCUGCGAUAAGGAGGGUCAAAGGCAUGAUUUAAGAGACCAAAUAACAACCUAGCUUCAUCAACCCAAUAAAAGGUACAAUUUGACUGAUUUGCGUAUGAAGAUACAGUACAUAUAUGACUGAUUACAUAUGAGACGAACAUUUGUUUGUAACAAACAAAACGACUUUUUGGUGAGCUUUUUGUAAGGCAAAUGCACAACCUUGAUAAUGUAUACAAAUAAUGAAACUGGCACCUUUUUUUUUUGUACAGCGUGAUCUUUUAUGCUAUUAUAUAUAUAUACAUACAGUAUAUGUAUAUAUAUAUAUAUAUAUAUAUAUAUAUAUAUAUAUAUAUAUAUAUAUAUAUAUAUAUAUAUCCACCCAUCAACACCGCUUAUCCUGGUUAGGGUCGCGGGACGCUGGAGCCUAUCCCAGCUGACUUCGGGCGAAAGGCGGACUACACCCUGAACACCCUGAACACCUAGUCGCAGGGCAUAUAUAUAUAUAUAUAUGCACA